GAUGUUGUAUUUAUUGUUUAUCAAUAUUUUUUCAAUCAUCUAUUAUUAUUCAAACUAAAUACAAAUAAAUUCAUUCAUUUGAAUUUUAAUUUACAAGGUUAAGGGUUAUAUUUGAAGAUGUUUUGUGUGUGUGUUUUGUAUUUUUAUGAAUGUAUAUGUUUGCACUCGUUUUAAGUGAGAAUGUAUGUGGGUAAUUUCGCAGAUGUGUCCGAAUUAAAUUGAAAGGUGUGCACAAGUAAGCCAACUCUAUUUCCGGGGGAAGGGGAAUUAUAACGAAUAUACUAUUUACAUUAACAAAAAAAAAAAUUUCCUCUUUUUUUUUUUUAUAAUAUAAUAAUAUCAAAGUCUCAUGAUGACACAUUUGUAAUUAAAUAAUGAGUCAACAUCGCACGAUUCUUACCACCGGUCAACUUUGAUGAUAAAAAAAAAAAAAAAAAAAAACGUCAAAUAAACAACAAAAAAGUGAAAAUAACAUAUUAAUUAAUUAAUUAUUGUUUUGAUAAAUAUUUUCAUGUUUUUGUGUAUAUUUUUAAAGUGUAUACUUUUUUACAUAAACUAAUUUUAUUUUUUUUUAUUUUUAAUUUAUAAAUUUUGUGCGACGUUGUUUUUUUUUUUUUUUUUUAUAUAAUUUGCAAAUUAUUCAUGUGUGUAUUUAUUCUUGUUUUUUUAUAAUUUUAUUUAUUAUUAUUUUUCAGUCAAAUCAAAAUUAAAAAAAAAAUAAAUAGUGAAAAUUAAAUUUUUGUGUGUUUACAAAAUUUUUAUUUGUUUGUGUGGGUUUUAUUGUUGUCAUACAUUAUGCAAUAAUAAUAAUAAUUAAAAAAAAAGAAAAAUAAAUAAAUAAAAAGUUUAGCUUCAAGUAGGAAGCUUCAGGGAAUGAUAUGGUCGAUGAAAAUUGUCCACGUGAGGACUAUAUAAUUAUACCUGAGUGUCAAACUUUAUCAAAAAUGCCAGACUCAUCCCCUUCUCCUUCAUCAGCCUUGAUUAAUAUUUUAAGUGGUAUUGUGAUACUCAUAAAAAGCUUCCUAAGAAUUGGAUUUGUCCUUGUAAAUAAUGCUUACUGUAUUCCAACAUAUAUGGUAUGGAUGAUAUUUUUAUAUCCAAUGAAAUAUUAUCAUCCACAAUUUUAUUGGAAACUUGAAGGUUUAUUUUUUCACUGGUUAUUGGCAAUGGUUUCCAUGUGGUCUUGGUCUGCUGGUUAUGACAUCAUUGAACAAGGUGAUGAUAUUGAACAAAUUAUUAAUGAAAGAACACUCGUCGUUGCAAAUCAUCAAAGUACUGGUGAUGUACCAAUGUUGAUGAAUAUAUUUAAUUCAAAACCAAAUGUUUUACCAAAUGUCAUGUGGAUCAUGGAUAGUGUAUUUAAAUAUACAAAUUUUGGUAUUGUUUCAUUGAUUCAUCAAGAUUUUUUUAUAUGUGCAGGAAGAAAAAAUCGAGAAGGAAGUUUAAAACAAUUAGAAAAACAUAUUGAUGAAUCUUAUAUACCACGUGAAAGAAAAUGGAUGGUAUUAUUUCCAGAAGGUGGUUUUCUUUGUAAAAGAAGAGAAACAUCACAAAGAUUUGCUAAAAAAAAUAAUUUACCAAUUCUUGAGAAUGUAACAUUGCCAAGAGUUGGUGCAAUGCAAACAAUUGUUGAUCGAUUAAGUCCCUGUCAAAAUAAUAAUUUUUCUGAUCAAUUAAAUACCAUGGGUACCAGUUUAUCUAAACCUCAAAUAAAUUGGAUACUUGACAUAACGAUAGCAUAUCCACAAGGCAAACCAAUCGAUUUGCCGACAAUAAUUACAGGGUCAAGGCCACCCUGCGAAACCGUCCUUUUUUAUCGUUUAUAUCCAAGCACAGUGGUACCAAAAGAUCCAGAUGCAUUAGCUAAAUGGCUUUAUGAUAGAUGGGCAGAAAAAGAAACAUUGUUAGAUAAUUUUUAUAAAUAUGGAUCAUUUCUUGGUCCUGGACAACCAGCACCUGAAGGACAUAAAAUUCAACAGGAUUCAUUGAGAUAUCUUAUUCUUCAUUUAUUUUUUUUAACAUCAAGCUACGUACAUUAUCAUAUUAUUUCAUAUGUGUUAUCGUGUAUCUGGUGAAAAAAAUAUAAAUAAGACAAAUUUUAUAAUCAAGGCGAUAAUAAUUUAGUUCAUCUAGUGUGUCACAAUGGUUUUUUUUUUCUUUUUUUUUUUUUUGCACAAAAGAAAGUUUUUUAUAAAUUUUCAACAAAUGCUUUUUGCUUUUUUUUUUCUUUACAUCUUUUUACUAUAUAUAAUAUAUUUUGUACAUAAAAAAAAAAAACGAAAAUUUCAAGUGUUUAAAAUUAGUAUUGUUUUUUUUUGUUUUUUUGCUGUAAUUUGUCGAUUGAAAAUAUUACAAUAGUCACAAAUAAAUCGAUGUAAUUUACUUGAAAAUAAGAUAAAAAUAUAAUUCAUUUGAAAUAUACGAUGAAUAAAUAAUGAGUGUAUAAAAUUGCCUUUUAAUUGGAAUUAUUUAUCAUUAAAUUAACACAGUUUAUCAGUGGAUUAUGAAUAUUCAAAAAAUUUGGCAGAUAAAAAUAAUUAUUGUUAUAUAAAUUAUAAUGACAAUUUUGGAAUUUAAAAAAAUUCAUAUACAUUUAGUGUAGGUAUUUUUGUUUAGAAAAAUAAAUUCGUUAGUUUGUGAUAUACUUUAUAUUCUAAACGAAUAAUAGGUGAAAAAAAAAAUGAAAAAUUAGAAUUUAAAAAGGAAAUAGACUAAUGAUAACAAUGAAAAUCAAUAUUUUUAAAUGAAUGUAAUUUUUUCUAAUGAAACUUUUGCCUAUAUCAAUGUUUCCCAGCCACUUUUUAAUUGUAAAAUAUGAAUUUUUUUCUCUUCUCUUUUGUUAAUGAAUGUGUAUUGAAUGCUAAUUGAAUGAAAUAGAAAAAUAAAAUAUUACAAGGUGAUUAACAAAACAACAUUACAUGAUCAAAAUUAAUAAAUUUGUAUAAUUUUAAUUUUUUGAUUUAUAAUUUAUAUAUCGCACAACAAAAAAAAAAAAAAAUUACAAAUCUUAUUUAUAAUUUUUUAUGUUUAUUUGUGAGCACUGUUGGGUAAAAAUGUUAAGUAUGUUAAAUUAUUAAAUGACAUUCGAGGUUCCAGUUGAAUUGUACACUGAGUUUAAAGAAGAAAAAAAAAUCAAAAGAAAAAAAAAAAUAAUGAUGUAUCAAUUGAGCAUAAUCCACCUAGUCUGUUCAAUCAAUAUUAUUUAUAUUUAAAAAAUAUUAUUUAACAUGAUAAACCAUGACCAACAUAGUAAUUUUCAAAAAGGAAUUAAUUAAAAUAAUAAUUGUAUUUUGUAAAAUAAAUUAUUAAUAUUCACUAGAACAAAUUGAUUAAUAAUAUUUUAUUUUUCUUCAUUUUAUUGCAUUUAAAGAUUUAAAUAAUAAAAUUGUUAUUGUUAUUAUAAAAUUAAAUGUGUAGCCUUGAGUUUGUAACAUUGAAAUUUAUUCAAUGUCGUAUUGAUCAAAUUAAUACUUUGUACAAUAAUAUGCUAAAUUUUCUUUUACAUAUUAACCGAGUAAAAAAAUUUAUUAUUACUUUUUUCAAUGUUACAAAUACAUAAAUAUUUUCUAUUUCAAUAAUAUUCAUCAUUUUAUUUAACAACUAUUUUGUAUUAAAAAAAAUUAAAAACAAAAAAAUUAGAAAACCAUUCACCCAUUUUUCUGGUCAUGUAAAAAAUAAAUAGAAAAAAACAGAAAAAAAUUUGAGAAAACUAUGAAAUAAUAAAAUAAAAAUAAAUUAAAAAAAUUUA